UCGAAAUAAAAGCUUUCUUAGCUACCAAAUCCCGCGGAAAGGCCAGACCGAAAACCAAAACCAAAUUCCCUUUCUUUUCAUAUAUAUCAACCUAAACUGCUAAGCAAUCAGCACCUUCGCACUCCUUUCUCUCAUUCCCACCUAUUUUUCUAAGCAAAAGCGUGUAAUAACGAAGAAAAAGUUCAAUCUUAAAACUAUAAUUCUGAGUAAGAAUCGAAGAAUCGUUUGCGAUCCCAAACACUGUACUCAACGCUUUGAAUCUCUCGCUGUCUGUCUUCCUUUCUAGUAUAUCUCUACAGUUGGGAAGUGAUAAUGGGUGAUAUCAUAUCUGAUAAAACUAUGAAGGAAUUCUACAUUCCAAAUUACAUACUUGUACCUGGUUCAGAGGUCAGAAAUUCUUCAUAUAUACCUGCUUGUCCUGUUAUAGUCUUCAUUAAUUCUAAAAGCGGGGGCCAGCUGGGAACAGAGCUUCUUGUUACCUAUCGUGCUCUUCUAAAUGAAAACCAGGUUUUUGAUUUGGGAGAAAUGGCUCCUGAUAAGGUGCUACACCAGCUCUAUGUUACUUUAGAAACUCUGAAGUACAGUGAAGACGUUUUGGCAGCUGAAAUUCAAAAGAAAUUGAGAAUAAUUGUUGCUGGUGGGGAUGGGACAGCGAGCUGGCUCCUUGGAGUAGUAAGUGAUCUCAAGCUACCACAGCCGCCUCCGAUUGCAACGGUACCAUUGGGAACUGGAAACAACAUACCAUUUUCUUUUGGCUGGGGAAAGAAAAAUCCAGGCACAGAUCGUCAAUCAGUGGAAUCAUUUUUGAACCAAGUAAAGACUGCAAAGGAAAUGAAAAUUGAUAGCUGGCAUAUUAUCAUGAGGGUGAGGGCUCCAAAAGAUGGAUCUUGUGAUCCUAUUGCACCGCUUGAACUACCCCAUUCUUUGCACGCAUUUCAUCGUGUCUCCCAAACAGAUAAGCUAAAUAUGGUGAGUCUUCUUAUUAAUAUUCUCCCAUUUAUGCUAUGCGCACAAUUUUUUCUUUGUUUUUAA